AUGGACCCCCUAUCGGUGGCCGGCUCGAUCGCAGGUCUCAUCUCACUAAGCGACACAAUCUUUCGUAAGCUCUACCACUACGUCAAAGAUGUAAAAAGUGCGGAGAAAGAGGUGAAAACCCUCAAGAAUGAAGUCGCUGCGCUCAAUGGCGUACUCCACAACCUCCAACUGAUUGCCCAGGACUUGGAAACCAGCGGCUUGCAAAACAAUUCAAUACGUUUAGAUCAUAUCGACUCGUGUUUCAACACUCUCUACAAGUUGAAAGAUAACAUUGAAAAAGCUGGUAUUUUCGAUAAAGGCAAGAUACGUAGCACGGUACACAAGCUCAGUUGGCCUUUCAAGGCUGUCGAUACAAAGAAGUUCGUCGAUGAUAUUCGAGGCCAUCGAGACCACCUCAACUUCGCUCUAUCGGUCGAUACUAUGGCCGCUUUGCUCCAGUGUCUUUCGAAACAAGAACAGCUACUCUCGGGGGUCGCUGGUUUUGAGACAAGACUGAGAGACAAACAGAAUAUCGACACUAAGAUCGUUGUCAAUGCGGAACGUCAGAAGAUCCUCGACAGCUUCUUGUCCGUCAAUCCUGAAGAUUCGUUUCGUACCAAUGCGCGAAUCAGACACGCAACCACCGGAUUUUGGCUUGCUGAGACUGACAAAUUCACCAAAUGGAUGCAAGGAUCAAACUUGCAUCUUUGGCUAAGCGGAAUCCCUGGGGCCGGUAAGACACUUCUCUCGAGUUUGAUCAUUCAACAAUGCUUGAAGCAAGCUACAGAUGAUAGAGCAGUAGCGUUCUUUUACUGCGAUUAUAAGAAUACCAAAAGUCAAGACGUGGUUCAGAUCCUGAGUAGCCUUGCAUCGCAACUCGCACAGCAACACGAAAGCUGUUUCCAACUACUCAAGGACUAUGACGAUGAACUGCGGCCUGAGCACCAGCUACGACGAAGCCCCGAAGUUGGAGAGCUCGUUGGUUUGCUACGAAAGAUGUCGGAUUACUUCGAAGAUGCACGUCUGAUAGUGGAUGGUCUUGACGAGUGCAACGAGCAAGCUGGUGAGAUAGCGAGUACACUCAAAUCGCUGGGAAAUUGUCACACCGUCAUCUCUAUGUGUUUUCUGAGCAGAGACGAGAUUGAUAUCCGUACGCAACUCGAAGCGCCCAUGUUUGAACACAUUGAGAUUGCUGCGCAUACAGAAGACGUAGAACACUAUGUCCGUAGCGAGAUAGAAGAAAGGCUCAAAAAGAAAAAACUUCGGCUGAAGAGUAGUGAACUCAAAGAGGAAAUUGUUCAUCAACUCGUAACACGAGCACAGGGCAUGUUCCGUUGGGUGUCUUGCCAGCUCAACCACCUCUGCGAACUCCCAACAGAUGCGCUUCGUCGUAAAGCCCUAACGUGUUUACCAUCAACUCUGAACGAAACGUAUGUAAGAGUACUCAUGCGUGUCGAGAAGUCCGCCAGACCACUGGUACGGAGGACAUUACAGUGGAUCGCAUACGCAAAAUGGCCCGCGCUCUCUGACGAGCAGUUGUUAGAGAUCGUCGCCAUAGACGAGAAUGACGAGGAGUUGGACCCUGAGGCAUGCCCUGAUCUAGAGGAUCUACUUCGAUGUUGUGGAAGUUUAGUUCGCAGAGUGAAUGAAUUUUCCGACAGCCCUUCCUACGGCAUCCCUUCCUACGACCGCGCUUCCUACGAUCGCCUCGAGUUGGCUCAUUUCACCGUUCAAGAAUUUUUGGAGGCAAUCAAACCCGAAGACACAAGCAUGAACGAAUUUCGUCUUAGUAAGACUGACACCCUGACACUGGCCAAGACCUGUGUCAACUACCUAUGUCUUCCAUCAUUUGAUCGCCUCCCCUCUGAUUUCGAGAACGACCUUGAAGACCAUCCAUUUUACCGACAUGUAUCCCGCAAUUUGACCAACUAUGUUCAAGAGGCUAAGCAUGAAGGGGAUAUGCAGGGGCAACUCCGAAAACUGUUCCGCUCACCGAAAUCAUACAAUCUAACCCGCUUUAUUCUACAUAAGAUAGCAAUGAAUACACAUCAAAGACAUGAAUGGAUCGACGAAGUCUGUUCUCACGAGUUCGGCAGUAUGCAUGCUGCGGCUAUGCUCCCAUUUGGAACAAUAUGUCGGUGGCUACUCGACGAAGGAUGCGAUGUAAACGGAUCAUCUGCGCUCGGCACUCCAUUAGAAUUGGCACUGCUUGGUCCACGGUUAAGUUAUUUCAAGGAGCCUGUCAUUUCGAAGUUGGAAUGGCUAAAUCGGGACGAUGUUCAGCGCACCGUAUCAAUAUUGCUGGAAGCUGGUGCCGACUGGAACGUGGAUGGGGUAGAUACAGAGUCUUUGCUUAACGCUAUGUCUCUGACAGCUUGGGGCGUCGAGCAACUUGGAGAAACCUGUGAUGAAGACUUAAUAAAGAAGUUGUUUGUCAACCUUGAUGGUGUCGAGAAUGCAGAUAUUCCUUUGGAAGUCAGAAUGCGACUACUUGAUCUUACUGGAACGAAGAAUGUUGGAUCGCAUACCAUUCCGACAAUGAGCACUAUGGGAAAUAUGAGCGAUGAGGUCUAUGCUGAAGCUCUUUUUUAUACCACCAAGCACGGCCUAGUAUCAGAACUCCUCCGCCUUACAAAGGACGAGCGAUUCUCGGUCAACAUGAAGACAAAAUAUCGCGCGUCAACACUUCUACGGAUAGCGGCGGAACACGAUUCUCUAGAAUGUAUGGAGCUGCUACUAGACAGAUACUCCGAGGAUACUGGUGUAGACAAAUUCGGGCGGACAGACUUGAACCACGCUGUCAAUUCUGGCGUUGGAAAGAUUGCUCUGCUACAUCGGCUGAUCCAAAGAAACUCGACUGAGGUUGUAGAUUGCGAUGGAAGAAGCGUCUGGCACGUCGUAGCUGAGAAAGGUCGCUUAGACGUUCUCGAUGUACUUAUCGCAGAACUUGGACCAGAUCAUCAUUACUUCCAUAUGGAGAGCAAACUGGGAAGAACCCCACUCUUAGAGGCGAUUAUGUAUCGACAGAGCCAUAUCGUAUCUCGGAUUCUAAGGUCACUUCCGGUGGACAAGCCUUUUGCGACAGAUCCCCGUGUUGUUCAUUCUAUUGUGGCACAUGGUCUUGAAGACACCUUACGAGAACUUGUGGAAAUGGGUGCCAGCAUACUCACCAGACCUGACCAGGAUCAAAGUGCUUUGUACUUCAUCACCCAGAAAACAACACCUGGCAUGCUAAGAACCCUCUUAGACCACGGUCUUGAUGUAGAUCGUAUUGAUAGCCACGGAAGAUCCCCCUUCGUCGACUUCCUAGAAGUUGACCAGCACUCGCGAAGACUCGAAUCACUCGGAUACUCUGACGUCGACUGCAGAAAUCUCGAACUUUCUGUCGUCGAGCUAAUUGCUACGCCCUUCUGCGUCAUCAUUCAGGACAAGGAAAGUAACUCUGCUUGGUUCUAUUUCUGUACCAAGACGAUCCCACAUGCUCUUAGCUACCUACGAUUGCCUUCUGAGUUUGAUCUUAUCAUAGAUGUUAUGAACAUCUUGAUCCAACGAGGUGCAUUGGAAGCCUACCAAGAGGCUGUUGCCGAAUCUGGACUGGCUCUCUUGAUAAAGGUGUGCCUAGACACUAUCUCGAAGGGUGACAUGGAGAGUUGGGAAGCCUUAUCCUUUGUUAGGGUCAUCUUGAGGCAUAUCUCAGAGACCAUCACAGCCUCUAAUCUGCCUAGUAGUCAUCGUCAAGUGGAACGAUUGUUGAUUUGGUCCAUGACUCAAUCAGAGGACAUUAUCUUUGAGCGGCUCCUUCGCCUGGGAGUAGAUGUUCAUGCUACAUGCGAAGAUUAUGGUGGGGACUCAGCCACUGAUAUCGCUAUCGAGGGCAACGUUAGAGAGAAAUUCUUUCGUAUGGUUCUCGAUCAUGCAGAUUCUCUCAAGAUACCCAAGCUCAAUGCACAUGGCUACAUGAGGUAUUUUGCUCUUUGCGUUCCGCCCAAGGUCGCCAAAGUCUGGCAUCUCUUUCAGGAUUCGGACUCGGACGAGGAGGAUAUAGAACCACUGGCUAUCAAAAACGUCUUGAAGCUGGAAGCAAUUUUAAGAAAAGGCGUUGAUUCAAACGCCAAGGACCAUAGCCAUAGAACUGCAGCCCAUGUUGCAGCUAGCAAUGGCUACCUCGAACCCAUCAAAGUUCUCGUGGAGAACCAUGCAGACCUAACAAUCAUGGACGACCACGGUUGGACUGUGAUACACGGAUCCGUGGCUAGCGGGAAUGUUGUUGUAGCAAAAUACCUACGACAGCUUUUUCCAGAGCAAGCUGAAUGGGAGCGUCCCGUAGCGUUGAAUGCUGAAAUCCUUAGGUUUCAUAACAUUCCUCUCGGUCCGCUCCCUUUGAAAAGGUAUCAUGAUUGUACUCUAGCACAUCUUGCAGCCUACAGUGAGAGCUCAGCAAUGCUUCAGUUCUUGCGAGACAACAACAUAACUGGUAACAUCAACGGAAGAACCCAGGAGGGUGCCACCCCACUUCACUUUGCCGUGUGUUUAACGUCGUCUCGGACGACCAGAUGGCUAUUGGAAGACGGUGCAGACGUCAACGCAAAGUGUGGCACGAGAGAUACAUCUGCUCUACACUUUGCAUUCAGGCUGGGUUGCCUCGACAACUCAAUCGCACUGAUCGAAGCUGGAGCGGAGUUCUCUGCAGAUUCAGCGGGAAUAACACCCGAGAUGCAGGUGGACCCUAUGAUCUGUGCAGAUUUACUCGAGGAUCUCCCCAACAUCGGAGUUUCGAUCCCUCACGCUGUGAUGGAAGUCAUCCGGCGCAGGCAGGAACUGAAGUCAUAUGGAGACCUGUAUGAUAGGAUCGUGAACGGAGAUCUUGAAGGCUGCAGGUCGAUCAUUGCAGCUACACCAUGCUUUCACGUAAUAGUCGAUGGUUGCGGUCCAUGCACGCCACUUAUUCUCGCUCUCGCACAUGGCCAGCUGAGCAUUGCAAAGCUACUCCUUGAUUAUGGAGCUUAUACAAACGGCGUUUCAUGUACAAAGACCAACCGCUUCGGUUUCGAGGCCUCGGCUCUAGAAAUAGCCGUACAAAACCCACUGUUCAAUUCUCUACUUGAGCAGCUUCUGAAAUGCUGCCUAUCACACGAAUCACAUUGGAGUCAGAGAUUCGGUUACUGGCGACCUUUUCAUCUGGCGGCUGCCUUCAACUCAGAGGCAAUACAGAUGCUUGCCGACCAUGUUCUUGGGCACAUAGCACUUUUCAGGUAUGGAUAG